UCAGCGAAAUGAAAUCUUAACCCUCGAAUCCUCUUUCCCCUCACAGCGGAGAACUCUCUACCGCAGCUCGGGAGGUGAGUUCCGAUUAGGGCUUUCGGAUUCCAUUUCUUAGCCACUUCUCGUUCUCGUACUGAUCCAUUGCCGCAAGCAAGCUGCCGGCGGCAGAAAAUGAGGAAGGCAAUCCGUCAAUCGAAGAAAACGGGCGAAGCCGAUGUCUCGUCAUCGUCGAUCACAUCGGCUACGGACAGUAAAGACUAUGAGAAGAGAAUACGCGAACUCGAGAGUGAAAAUGAAGCGUUUCAGAAGGAAAUUAAGGAUCUAAAAAACAGAUUAGAAAAUGCUUCACCAAGUGCUGCAAAUAGUGCUAAAAAACUCAGAGAAGGUUACAUUCAGAAGUUGGAUGUCCUUGAAGAUCAGGUUACAGAAUUGAAGAAGAAAUUAGAUGUUCAAUCUCAGCUUUCAACCAGAUGGAAAAAAGGCGAUGAAGUAUCGAAACAGACAGAUCUUGAGAUUAUGAGUUUGAAGGCACAGAAGGUUCAACUGCAAUGUAAGAUGAAGCUGGAGUCUGUGCAGUUCAGAUUAUAUAAAGGUUCAUUGGAGAAGGAAGUUCUUCAGCUUAAGAGAGAAAAGAGAAGAAAUGAGCAUGAGAUGAAUAAGCUCCUAACUUCUAAUCAGAGACUAAAGAUGGUUUUGCAACGGAAGGCCGAGGAAGCUUCUGAAGUUACGAAAAGGAUAAGAAAUCUUUUGGAAUCUCGAAGGACUUCUGCACAAAGAAGAGCAGGUGCUAAACAUGGAAAUAUUACUUCUACCCAGUAUGUUGAGAAUGAAUUUGAAGUCACAGCGAGGUUACAUGAGUUAUGUUCCCAGUAUGAGCAUCUCAUAGAAGAGAAGGAUAAGGAGAUUGCGAAACUUCAAGAAGAAGCAGAUGCGCUGAAGCAAGAAAAAUCAGGGUACCCAUCUCAGGACACUGAUGACAACAUGUUGGAAAACAAUCAAGAUAUGAACGAACUAAAGGAACAGAUGGUCAUGUUGAGUGGUUUGUUUAACCAAAUGCGAAUCCAGAAGUUAAACCAUACUCCUAAGGAUGCAUCAAAGGACGUUUCCGAUCAAACCUCUCCCAGCUUUGGGAGUAAUAAUCUUUGUGAGCAGUUCGAUUCAGCCGGUGAAGAACAUCAGCAAGACAACGUGAAAAAGAUAACACUUAAGGAAGAAUGCUGCUCUUGCAGUAAGAAAUCACUGUGCAAGACAACGAAGUGCCAAUGCCGAUCAACUGGAAGGAGCUGUGGCACAUCAUGUGGCUGUGCCCUUGGAAAGUGCAGCAAUAGAUAUGAGAAACCGGGUGAGAUGAUCAAUGGGCAACCACUGAAGCCUUUAUCUGACAUAAAGAAUGUAUAUUGACCAAUCCCUGUUGAUUCGCCGAUCCAUCCUAACAAGUAUACAAACUAAAUCAGCGACAAAGACACCGCUAAGAACCCUUUUUUUGGAGUUAAACCAAUCGAAAA